GGGUGCAGUCACAGCUGGAGGGAUAAUAAGAUGCGCAUGAGCUAGCUAACUGGCUGUGGAUAGAAGAGAAAGUUUUUUUGAAGGGGGGGGAGAACUUUGGGAUAUUUGACUGGGUAUCCGCUUAUAUAUUGGUUUUUAUACAUAUUUUCAGUUUUAAAGUUCCGGCAGAAGUUUUUUGUCUUGCUAACUGCACUGUGAAUUAACUCUUCAUUUCUCGUUUUCUGGUGUUGCUUGAAUUUAGAAGUUUUUGCAGUACUUUUGUCAGGAUUGUAAAAACCGCCUUCUUGAAAAAGUGGAGUGGGAGGGUCCCAGAUGUUGAAUAGUUCUGUAUCCAGAUGUGAGACGUACAAUGAAACUAGAAAUUAGUUAAAGCAAGCAUAAUCUGCUAAACCCUGCAACUAAAUGUACACAUGCAAGAUUUCCGGCGAUUGAAGAACGUCGACUGACAGUGGACUACAACUGAUAAAAGUGGACUACAUACAGCAAGAAACAUUUCCAAAGAAUGGCCUUAAUCUAAUCGAGCUUUGGGAGCAAUACAGUCGCUUUCAGCGGAGGACGUGGAAGAGACGAAACAGCGUUAAAUUUCUUUUAUAAGGGAUCAUUUUUAUUUAUUGGCUUUAAGCGCUUUGCAAGCUCAAUCCGAGGAUGAAGUCGGAAUCAACAGGCGUUUCCCGCUGACUCGAAAGCCACGUUUCUGUAUAACUUCGGGCGCCCCAUUUUAGGAUACCGCGUAUCUUUUCCGAAAUGUCCCCCUACCCAAGAAAUCGGGGUUUAUGAUCAUUUAUCUGGGAGGUGCUGUAUUCGGUCACCCCAGGCUACGAGAUGGAGAAAAUGAUACAGCGGCGUAAUAUUUGUUGGUAAUACUUUGGUCACCUUUUCGGGACGCUGGACGGUUGAUAUAUACAUAUAUAUUUUUGCACAGUGAGCAUCUCGGUAAUCGGAGGACACCCUAAUGUCUACCUGCAGCAGCUCGUCUCCUUCGCCCUUGCCUAAAGCGUACCCUCAUCCUCAGCAUCCCGCUGCACCACCGACCCCGUCGCCGUCCCCCAGCCCCCCAGCGCCCUUCUGCAGGCUCUCUAACGGGAGCCUGAGUGCCCCGAGUCCCACCAACUCCCGAGGCUCCUUUCACGGCGUCUCCUUCCUCCUCCAGAUCGGACUCACCCGGGAGACGGUUAACCUGGAAGCGCAUGAUCUCUCGUUGUCUGCCGUCAAAGAUCUUGUCUGUUCAAUAGUGGACCAGAAGUUCCCAGAGUGCGGCUUCUUCGGCCUCUAUGACAAGAUCCUGCUCUUCCGGCAUGACCUGAGCUCCGACAAUGUGCUGCAGCGACUGACAUCGGCUGAGGACAUCCACGAGGGGGACCUGAUUGAGGUCGUCCUCUCUGCUCUCGCUACUGUCGAGGACUUCCAGAUCCGGCCGCAUGCCCUGUUUGUGCACUCGUACAAGGCCCCCACCUUUUGUGACUACUGUGGGGAGAUGCUGUGGGGUCUGGUUCGCCAGGGCCUCAAGUGUGAAGGUGAGUGCAAUGCCUCUGGCAAUGCAGCCCACGUAUUUGGCCACUCACGUGGAUGUAUACCGUCUGGCUACCCGAACACUAAAGAACGCCUAAGUGCGGUGGUAGGUGCGUUAGCAUCCGUACAUAUGACCCUUAUCAUGGAGUCCAACACAGCCACAGAAUAUACCCAGACUGGCCCUCAAGCCACUGUGUACGGCACAGCCAGGGGGCAGCAGCAGAAACUCAGAAGUUUACGUGAAGACUCCAGGAGAAGUCAGCCGUCACGUCUCUGCACUCUGUCCCGGGAAUGGGGGCAGUGGGUGGGAGUCGAAGGCAGCACAUGGCGCUUAGCUGCAGGAUGCCCCCAUCGAGCGUGCGACUUCCUGCCAUUACAGAUAGAGGCCUUUGAAGCCCAAAUCUGGACCUUUGAAUGGAGUCCAGCAUGCGGCGGCAAUCGCCGGAUGGGAUCUUCAAACGGCGCUUGUGAAACCGGGCGGAGCAGUGCCAUGUGCUGCCACUCUUCCCUCCCCAGAAGGCAGAGCGAGCGGAGGGUCAGGGGUGUGAACUUUAAGGGCAUGGCACCGGGAGCACACUGCCUGCUCAUAUCCACUCCACCAUUAACUGAAAAAGGAUGUGGGCUCAACUACCACAAACGCUGCGCCUUUAAGAUCCCGAACAACUGCAGCGGGGUACGGAAGCGCCGCCUAUCCAAUGUGUCCCUGCCAGGGCCCUCGCUGUCGGUCCCUCGGCCCACUCCAGCCAAACAUGCUGCCAUGCCACAGGAGGAGCAACGGUCGCACCAGGAGGCGGGGAAGCGCAUCCCGUCAUGGAGCGGCAGGCCCAUCUGGAUGGAGAAGAUGGUCCUGGGUCGGGUGAAGGUGCCCCACACUUUUGUGGUGCACUCAUACACACGGCCCACUAUCUGCCAGUACUGCAAAUGCCUGUUAAAGGGGCUCUUUCGCCAGGGCAUGCAGUGCAAAGAUUGCAAGUUUAACUGUCACAAGCGGUGUGCAUCAAAAGUACCCAGGGACUGUCUUGGUGAAGUUGUGUUCAAUGGAGAGCCAGCAAGCCCAGGGCCGGACUCCGACACCACCAUGGAGGUGGACAGCAACGACAUGAACAUCGAUGGCAACCGAGGCUUAGAUGACCCAGAGGAGCCCUCCACUCCAGAGGAGAAGAUCUUCUUCAUGGACUCCCCCUAUUUGGAUGGAGAGAAGGACGAGGAGCCAGUGAAGACCAUCAGCCCCUCAACCAGCAGUAACAUCCCCCUAAUGCGAGUGGUGCAGUCCGUCAAGCACACCAAGAGAAGGAGCUCCACCGUGGUGCGGGAGGGCUGGAUGGUACACUACACCAGCAGAGACAACCUGAGGAAGCGGCAUUACUGGCGGCUAGACAGCAAGAGCCUCACGCUCUUUCAGAAUGACACUGGAGCCAAAUACUACAAGGAGAUUCCCCUGUCAGAGAUCCUACAGGUGGAAGCCGCGAAGGACUUCAGCAGCCUGGCCCAGGGCAGCAAUCCCCACUGCUUCGAGAUCAUCACCGACACCAUGGUGUACUAUGUGGGCGAGACCGGCGGUGGACAGUACCACAACCCAGCGCUGGCUGCCUCGGGGGUGGGCCCGGACGUGGCCCAGGGCUGGGAGAGGGCCAUCCGACAGGCACUGAUGCCCGUCACCCCCCAGCCCAGCGUGUGCACGACGGCGGGACAGGGCAAGGACCACAAAGAGUUAUCCAUCAGCAUAUCCGUGUCUAACUGCCAGAUUCAGGAGAAUGUGGAUAUCAGCUCAGUCUACCAGAUCUUUGCGGAUGAGGUUCUGGGAUCUGGACAGUUCGGGAUAGUAUAUGGAGGCAAGCACAGGAAGACGGGGAGAGACGUGGCCAUCAAGGUCAUCGACAAAAUGAGGUUCCCCACCAAGCAGGAGAGCCAGCUGAGAAAUGAGGUCGCCAUCCUGCAGAACCUGCACCACCCCGGCAUCGUGAACCUAGAGUGCAUGUUUGAGACGCCGGAGAGGGUCUUCGUAGUCAUGGAGAAGCUCCACGGCGACAUGUUGGAGAUGAUCCUGUCCAGCGAGAAGAGCAAGCUGCCGGAGCGAAUAACCAAGUUCCUGGUCACGCAGAUCCUGGUGGCUCUAAGACACCUACACUUCAAGAACAUCGUACACUGUGACCUGAAGCCAGAGAAUGUGCUUCUGGCAUCGGCCGAGCCCUUUCCCCAGGUGAAGCUGUGCGACUUCGGCUUCGCUCGCAUCAUCGGCGAGAAGUCAUUCCGCCGCUCUGUGGUCGGUACUCCAGCGUACCUGGCCCCUGAGGUACUACGCAGCAAAGGCUACAACCGCUCACUGGACAUGUGGUCAGUGGGCGUCAUCAUUUAUGUCAGCCUGAGCGGUACUUUCCCCUUCAACGAGGACGAGGACAUCAAUGACCAGAUCCAGAACGCGGCCUUCAUGUACCCACCCACUCCCUGGAAGGAAAUUUCCAGAGAAGCUACUGAUCUGAUCAACAACCUUCUGCAAGUGAAAAUGAGAAAACGCUACAGCGUGGACAAGUCUCUCAGUCACCCCUGGCUACAGGACUAUCAGACGUGGCUGGACCUCAGGGAGUUCGAGACACGCAGGGGGGAGCGCUACAUCACCCAUGAGAGUGAUGAUGCGCGCUGGGAGGAGUACGCCGACGAGCACAACUUGCCCUAUCCAAAGCACUUCAUCAUGGCACCCAACCUUGAUGACAUGGACGAGGACCCCUAGAGGCGGGAGGACUGCCUGUCGCAAGCGCCAGGGAGGUAGAUAUAGGACAACACUCCUGCGAAAUAUGAUUGGAGUUGUUCCCUUCACCUGAAACCAGCUAAUGGAGAGUGCGAGAUUGAGCUGGAGCAACGAAGGGGGGCAGGCUUGGCCGAACCGGGCCAGACCAUGCAGUACCACAUGACACAGACAGGUGGCACUGUGCAGGUGCUUUAGCAGUGUGGCACUGUGGGGAAACAAUGAACCCGUUACUGACUAGUGACAUUAAUUUUCAGGGCUUUCCUCUUUUCCCCCUUUUUAAAUAAUUCCCGACAUUCCAGAGAGCUUCUCUUCACCUCCAGUAGACUGCUUUUUCGUAAGCCACAAAAAAAUAAUACCGGUAACUUUGAAAGUUUCACUCGAAACUUGAGUCAUCUUUGUCGUGUGUGGGAGCGCUCGGGUAACCGAAACGGGACGCUCGUUCAACCCAGAGAAGGGCUAAAUCCAGGAGCAAACCGAAGAUUAAAAACACGUCGUACAAGGGCUGUUUUCAUGAAGACGUCUUUAAAAAUCUUCGCAUUAGUAGGUUUGUUUUUCCUUAAGCUAAGUGCUAUUUCUGUUUUUCGAAAAAGCCGUUUCCCUUGAAUGACUGUGUUGAUUAGCGUUAAACUGGAACAUGUACCAUAAAUGCGGCAGGCAUUUGUGUUGCUUUUCUGAACCAUGCCUAGAUUAUCUGGCGUUUGACUGACCCCAGCUUGUGGACGAAGACGUUGGAGAAAUCGGAAGCUGCUACCCAGAUGAUGUGUGUCGCUAAAAACAAUUGGGGGUGGGUGGGGUUAACAGUUACUUUAGUUAUUUAUUCCUGAAGUGUAUCAAUGUGGCGAACGUGAGCGUGUUUCCUGUUACCCUGUUUGUUGAAAUGACGUUUUGUAAUGGGUAUUAAUGGUGGCGUUAUUUUGAGCAAGAGUGACAUUUUCAAGUGUCCCGUGUGUGACAUUUCUCCUUUCCUAUGUUUUUUGUAAUAUUGUUGUAAUAUUUUGAUAUAUACCAGCCAUGCCAGUUAACACAGUUGAAACUGGCCGUAUUACACAGGAAUGCAGUUGAAAGACCCCGAUUUAAGAAAACUGUUAUAAUUUCUGAGAACCAAAAUACCUGUGGCACUAGGGGUUUCAAAAUACAUUUCUUGUUACUAAAAUGCCAUUUUAAGAUUCUCUUUUACUUUUUCAGUUUACUGAUCACCCAUCUAAAUCUAAAUCUUUUCAUUUCUAAUUGACAUUGUCUCUCUGAAGAACCCCCAGUGGUUUACAGUGUUAGCUGUUAUUUUUUUAAUCAUCCACCCCCCCCCCCCCCCCAGUCUGUGAUGCUAUCAAAGAGUUGUGUGUUUACAAGGGGGCAGCAGAAGGAAACAGUUUGUGAUGUGUGCUUAAUCCACGGAGCCUCGCGUGAUGGCCGGUGUAUCCCACAAUGCACUGUGGGGACUCUGCAUCGAGGAGGCUGGCGGAGGAGAAGUCCGAGUCUCAGGGACAUCAGUGAUCUUGGGUCCUAAAACCGAAUCAGGAUCCACCGGUCGGUACUGAUGACACAGAGAUGAAGACUGGAGAUCAGAACACUCUGUUUAGACAACUUCCUCAUGGUCAAUGAGCCAGAGCAAAGGAACAGAAAACCCUCCAUCUCUACAAACUGUGUCAGGAAGCACCUUCUCCCUGCAGGAUUCUCCAUUUUCUAUUUUAUUAAGCAGCAUCAUCUAACGUGAAGGAGAACUAGAAGAUUGAUGCACUCUAAAUCUGUACUGGAGCUAGUGUAGGGUGGUCAGUGGGUGGCAUUCUGGAACAUUCCGAUUGUGUGCAUGCAUGGGUUUGCUCAGGCCUUUCAGAUGCUUAUUAUUAUUUAUGUUAUUCUUAUUUUUUACCUUCUUGGAAAGUGCAAUCCAAAGAAAAGGACUCAGGCCAUAUAGAGCCUGUAGAUCUCUGUUCAGUACAUUCCUCACUGGCUCUCUCUGCUGACACACUGUCUCGCAGCCUUAAUAAACACGUGCAGUGGGGUGCACUGUUGUUGCCGUAGCGCGGAUGGCGCCAGUGGAGAGCCUCAUGUCGCGCGAGCAAUUCCAAACGUCGCCAUUUUGAGCAAAAAAGUUCGGCCUCAAACGUGACACUUCCCCAACGUUGUGUGUCUCUGUGUGUUGCGCGGCGAGCUGCUCUUGAAUAUCCAUCAUCCAGCACCUUCUGCGUCUGAUUCCGGCGAUUAUCACGCCGCCUGCAGACCUAAGGGGAGGAAGGGGGGAGUCUGAGCGGCUUGUAACAUUGACACGAGCCGGCGACCGCACAAACUGACGCCCGUGCCUUAAGGAAGGAUUCCCGACAGGUGUGACAGUGCCUGGGCUGGACCCUGCCCCGGGUCACCAACAGAGCAUAAAUGUGGCACCAGCACAUGGAGUGGGCAGCAGCAUCUAUCUCACAAUCAUGGACAGGCCUUCUGUGUUGCCACUGGACUGGCAGGUGUCAGUGUCCUGUAUAGUUUAGUGCCUACAGAUUUAAUAAAAGUCGUGUACUUGUAACAUCA